CCUAACUCAGCUACUCCCCCGCUACCCGCCUCAUCCUUUGGAAAAUUGUAGAACCCCAUUUCACCCUCUCUCUCUCUCUCUCUCUCUCUCUCUCUCUCUCCCCAUUUCCCAUUUUUGGAGCUCUUUUUAGCUCUCGAUCGGCGCCGCAACCCCCGCGCGCGCGAUUGCACUUUUGAAAUUGUUAUUGUUGUGAUCCGUGAGGAAGCGGCUUGCGAGGAUAAGGUGGGAUUCUGAGGAAAUGGCGUCGGUUGUUCCUUCAUCUUCUACAUUUUGCGUUCAUCUCCAUCAAGUCCAAUAUCUCUCAAGAAAACACAGUUUCUUCAAGGAGUUUGGAGGGUCUCCUUACGCCUCACUUUCAAUGAAUAGGAAGAAUAGAAAUACUAAAUUGGUGGAUUUGAGGACCGUGAGAGCUGUUGCUUUGAGAGGAGAUGGUGGCUUCGAGACUGGUCCAAGAUCUAGUGAAGGUGAAACCGCCAUAAUGGGACAAAGUGCUUCCGUCAAUGCUCUGGACAAUCCAUCUUCAGUUCUUCAAGCAGAUGCUGUAGCACUAGGAACGAUUUCUGCUGACAUGGCUCCUGUUAGUGAUGCGUUUUCUGUUGAUAAUGAUGAAGUUGAUCUAGAUUGUCCUACAGAGGGUUUCUCAUCUAUUGCAGAGGCCAUCGAGGACAUCCGGCAAGGCAAGUAUGUGAUUGUUGUAGACGAUGAAGACAGAGAGAACGAGGGAGAUCUUAUAAUGGCUGCAUCUUUGGUAACGCCAGAGGCAAUGGCUUUUGUAGUAAGACAUGGGACUGGGAUUGUGUGUGUCAGCAUGAAGGGAGAACAUCUUGAAAGAUUGCAGCUUCCUCUGAUGGUAACAACUAAAGAAAAUGAAGAGAAACUCUGCACUGCAUUCACUGUUUCAGUGGAUGCUAAAGAGGGUACAACAACUGGGGUUUCUGCAAAAGACAGAGCAAAGACUGUUGUCGCUCUUGCAUCUCCUAACUCUAAGCCCGAAGACUUCAACCGCCCUGGUCAUAUAUUUCCUCUGAAGUAUAGAGAGGGUGGUGUCUUGAAAAGAGCUGGUCAUACUGAAGCAUCUGUUGAUCUGGCCUUGAUGGCAGGGUUGCCACCUGUUGCAGUUUUAUGUGAGAUUGUGGAUGAUGAUGAUGGUUCCAUGGCUCGGUUGCCAAAACUCCGGGAAUUUGCUAAGAGGGAGAAUCUGAAGAUAGUCUCAAUAGCAGACUUGAUUAGGUAUAGAAGGAAAAGAGACAAGUUGGUGGAGCGUGCCUCUGUUGCACGCUUACCCCUCAAAUGGGGUUCGGUUCAGGCUUUUUGCUACCGAUCUCUUCUUGAUGGAAUGGAGCAUAUUGCAAUGGUUAAAGGUGAUAUUGGAGAUGGUCAAGAUAUCCUAGUAAGGGUGCAUUCAGAGUGCCUUACUGGGGACAUCUUUGGGUCUGCAAGAUGUGACUGUGGCAAUCAGCUAGCCCUGGCAAUGGAGAUGAUAGAGAAAGCCGGCAGGGGCGUCCUGGUUUAUCUUCGUGGUCAUGAAGGUAGGGGCAUUGGGCUAGGCCACAAGCUUCGUGCUUACAACUUACAAGAUGAUGGUCGUGAUACUGUGGAAGCUAAUGAGGAAUUGGGAUUGCCUGUUGACUCACGGGAGUAUGGUAUUGGCGCCCAGAUUUUACAAGAUCUAGGUGUUCGUACAAUGAGGUUGAUGACCAACAACCCAGCAAAGUAUGUUGGGCUCAAAGGCUAUGGGUUGAGUGUUGUCGGCAGGGUUCCUCUGUUAACUCCAAUAACUAAGGAGAACCAAAGAUACCUGGAGACAAAAAGAGCAAAGAUGGGACACAUUUAUGGAUCCGAGUUCAAUGGUCACCUCAUUAGUCAGACCGAAAAUAGUGGUACAGAAGAUCAACAGCAGAGCUCAUAAUGCGCACUAGUCCUUAUUUGCUCGACUAAUCAAUACAGCUAUGUUUUUAACAGUUUACGUUUCCAUACAUACCGCAUUCUUUUUUAUUAGCUUUUAAGCCUAUGUAUCCUGAAUCCACCAUUUUUCCAUAGCAGAUCCCCGCUGCUGGAGUUUUGGAUGAAAUAUAUUUUGCAGCAGUUCUUUUUCCCUAUGCUUUAUCGUAA